AUGACGAUGUUGACAUACGCCAAACCCCCUCUAGCGGAUGACCGCGAGGCGCACACUAUCCAACUCGGCGUGAAUACGACUGAUACGAUACUGCAACUCGUGGAAGAACAACUCUUGCGCAUGACCACGACCCCGCUUGGGUCGGGCAGCGUGCGAGAGAAUCUUUCACACCUUCUGGAGGUAAAUGCACGUGAGCAGUUUCGUCUAAAAACGUCAAUUGUCCUUGAGGAGUCUCGUCUGCGGGCAGUUCAGAAACAGAUAGCUGCGAUUCAGGCGUCUAUAACACUUCUCAACGAUAAGUUGAACUGCACCUAG